GUCCCGUGACAAGGCCCGAAGAGGCGCUGCCUCCGCCUAUGAAGUGAUAGGGGCUUCAAAACUACCCAAAGGGGAGGGAGACUUGUUUUACAAAUACAUAAGAAUAACAACGGAUCCAAAUAACAUUUUUUCAUAGGUUAGGACAAAACUAACCUUGGAAAGUUUUAGUAUAAGCAAGACGGAUUCGCAAAUCCUCCAGGCGGACCGAUCGUCCACCACUUGUUACUAUCGAUCAGCUUGUAUCUGAUUCGCAAUUCGCAUGACCCGUAAACCAUAUUAAUUAAAUACAUUCAGGUUUUCAUAAAAAAAAAAACAUAUGCACUAAUACCAAAAUAAUGAACACCAAAAUCAUGUCCCCAUUUGUCAUGGUGCUGCCUCCAUAUGAGGUCGGCACAUAACCGUUCCCUAUACUCAAGUCUUCAGUCUUUAACGUAGCCAAAUUGAUCCUACAUAUCUGUGCUAAAUGCCUUUGCCAGAGCAAAGGCCAAAAUGAUUGUAGGUUGGCAAUCAAAGCAAGCACACAAUCACAAACAAAAAAGCAAAUAUUAUCAUUGGAGGUAUCGUGGCAGCCUGAUUGUACAUACCAACAAUUGCAGAAAUCACAGAAACCACCUGACAUGCCCUCUUUUUCCCUCUUUUAACUUCUAAUUAUUUGUUUGUUUAUUAACCCCAAAUCUUAACCCUAAUUGAUUGCACAAGAAAUUCAAAUAUAAAAUCUCCACGUCUCCUGUCUCUUCAAAAUCUCAUAAGUUUUCCUUUUCUCUUUUCUUUUUUGCUAUUUAUUUAUUCCUCAAUAAAUCAUUUUUCCCGCAAAGUCACCUUUCCCGCCGUCCCCUCCUGAAACCCAGAGAUCCCAUUUCUUUCCCUCCACCCCAUCUCCGCCGGCAUCCUCACAGCCGCUCAAUCUCUCUCUCUCUCUCUCUCUCUCCCUUUGCUUCCAUUCCAUUUCCCUCCCUUCCCAAUCAACAAUCGAUCAGCUUUCCCCCAUCCUCCAGCCUGCCUUGUAAUCAACAAUCAAUCAUCGCCUUUUCCGGUUCAUCCGAAACCCUAAACCCAGUUUCUCCGGCGGACGGACUUCCGACCAAUCCGAUUGUAAAGCUCCUCUCUUUUCCCCCUCCGCCGUAUUGGGCUGGCGAUUCCAACUGGAAAUUCAUCUUCGCCGGUCCUCAAAUUUUUGCUAAAUGGAAAAUGAAGCAACCGCUGCCCUGAUCGUGAUACCCAAGCUUGAGAAGCUAUCGGAUGCUGCAGAAGAAGGAAGGGAAGGGGAAGGGAUCGAAUUGAAGAGCUUGAGAUUAUGUUUAAAGUUUCUAUGCGUGGAGGAUCAAUCCAAGCUCUGGACGUCGUGUCUGUCGUGGUCGGUGUUCUUCCUUCUCACCGUUGUCAACCCGAUCGUGUCCCACUUUCUGCUUUUGUGCGCUGAUUGUGAUCAAGAGCAUCAGCGGCCAUACGACUCCGUGGUGCAGCUGUCUCUGUCUCUUUGUGCUAUCAUUUCUUUCCUCUGCCUGUCUUAUUGGUCACGCAAGUAUGGGUUCAGGAAGUUUCUGUUUCUGGACAAGUUGGAUGAUGAGAGCCCCCGGAUUCGUCGAGGGUACCAGCAGGAGCUCAAGAGAUCAAUGGGGCUUCUGUGCACAUUUGUGCUGCCCUGUUUUGCGGUUGAGAGUGCAUACAGAAUAUGGUGGUAUGUUACUGGAGCCUUCGAGAUACCCUAUGUGGAGAACAUGUACUUGAGCGACACAAUCAUCUGCAUAUUGCAGCUGGCCUCCUGGGUUUACCGCAUCUCAAUUUUCAUCCUGGUCUGCAUUCUAUACCGGCUCAUUUGCCAUCUCCAGAUACUCAGACUGGAGGAGUUUGCGGACUUCUUUCAGACUGAGAGCGAGGUUGGUUCGAUUUUGAAAGAGCAUCUCAGGAUCAGAAGGAACCUAAGGAUUAUAAGCCAUCGGUUCAGAAGGUUCAUUCUCUCGUCUCUGCUCCUGGUCACCGCUAGUCAGCUGAUGUCAUUGUUCGUCACUACUCGGUCAUCUACUACUAACAACAUCUAUGAGGCUGGAGAACUCACGCUCUGCUCUAUUAAUCUGGUGAUAGGGCUAUUCAUAUGCUUGCGAAGUGCAACGAAGAUCACCCACAGAGCACAGGCCAUUACAAGCCUUGCUGCCAAGUGGCACGUCUGCGCAACUAUCAACUCAUCGUACGAUCCAAACAUCGCGGAUGGCGACACUCCAACUAGCCAUCAGGUAUCUGAUCCCAGCUGUGGUCAGGUGCACCCCAUCAAUAUUGGGUGGGUGUUGGAUGAAGAUGGGGAUGAUAAAGAAGAAGAUGACGAUGAUGAGAACUCUAAUAUCUCCAACAUGGUGCCGAUUUUCGCACAUACAAUCUCUUUUCAAAAGAGACAAGCUCUAGUGACGUAUCUAGAGAACAACAAGGCAGGAAUGACGGUGUUUGGGUUCAUGAUGGAUAGGACGUGGCUUCACACCAUAUUUGGAGUUGAAUUAGCCCUCCUCCUAUGGUUGCUUAAUAAGACAAUAGGUAAUCUAUAGCCAAUGCUGAUUGUUUUUUGUUCGCCUUUCUCAAUGGCUAUUAUUCUUUUGCUCCGAAAAUACAAAAAAGAUGAGAUAGAAACUUGUACCUCUUCUUCUGCUGAUCUCAACGAGUUCUAAUGAAAUCAUUCACUUAUCAGAAAAAACAAACUCGUUCAUGUACUAUCUCGAUUAUCUGUUUUGAACCCUUCGAUUAUGAAUUUUGACAAAAUUCGGUACAAGCUGUAUCGAUCCAUAGUAAGUAAUCACGCUUUAGAUGGCUCACAAGUCAUAUAUCUGCUGGAAAUUCUUGUUUUUUCACCCUUCAACAAUUCGACUCUCCAACCCGGCACCAGGAAUUCAUGUUGCUGUUCUUUUUGUGUGUUUGAGAGCAGUGAGUUUGACUUGAAAGAAGCAGUAAAAGCAGCUGGACGCUUGAGUGCUGGCUUGCACAUCAUGAGAGAACUUGCAGACUGAUGAUGCAGCAAAUCAAAGAAGCCAAAGCUUUUCCAUGCUUAUAUAAGUUUUGUGGUUUGCCGGUUUCCUGUAACUCUUUGUGUAUAAUGUAUAGAUAGAUUUUACUCGAUGGUUCAAACCCAUGUAUGAUGUAUGGUAUGUGUGUAUUUUACUUGGCUGAGUGACAACUAAUCUAAAUUUUGUACGGUUGGGGGCAAAACAGUGUGCAUAUGUAUUUUGGUGCGUGCAGAUAUGCAGUGUAUUCUUGUAUGUAUGUCAUCUCAUUUCAUUUGUUGUCUCUUAUAAAGAUUGGGAUGUUUAUUUUACCGUUUUUGCCUCUCAAAAUGAUUCAUAUUAGGAUAUGAUUUGGGGUGGGAUGUGGGCUCAUCUGUGAUUUGAUACUGAGCCACCCGUAAAUAAUAUAAGUAGUGGGUGGUGAUUGGUGUGAGUUGAUCGUGGAUAGAAAAUUUACUCCUCGUACUUAUUUGGGUGGGUGAUGGGUGGGUUGCGUUGCGUGUGGGUCACCAAAAUGAUUCGGAAUGUUUUUGAAUUACUUUUUUUCCGUUGAAUAUUACUAUUAUUUUUAUUAUGUUAUGCAAUGCCCAUUUGAUAUUGGAUACAAAUUUAAUUGUAUCUAAUUCAUAAAGAAAGCUAAUUUUCUCUACAUAAUUUGUUGAUAGAGUAAUGAAAGUUUUGAUAUGUUGCCAAAAAAUGAAAUCCACACAAAUGAAGAUCCUUGAUCUCUAGGAGUAUGUUGUUAUUGACUAUGUUUCUUUGUGAGUGAAUACUUCAUUUACUAUCGAUAUGUGGCCCAGCUUUUAGAAGUGUUUUUCGGCUUCAAAAGCUGAAGCAGCGCCAAACACCUCUAAAAGCUCGGCUUUUGAAAAGUCAAAAAGCGCUUUUGUAUAACAUAAAAGCAGAAGCUCCAAUUUGGAGAAUCUGCGAAAAGCUAUUUUGAAAAUACAAGAUUAUCUUUAUUAUAUUUUAAUUUUAUUUCAGAAAAUAUAAUUUUAUUUCAUUUAUAUCAUUUUAAAAAUAAAUUAUAAAAUCAUAUUAUUUAAUAUAAAAUAAAUCUAGCAAGAUCCGUUUUGACUAUUUUAUUAUUGUUUAGAAUAUUAUUCAUAGUUUAUAUUAUAAGUCGUUUAUGGUCAUUUUACACAAUCUCUCAUAUUAAAAACACUUCUAAUAGUUUUUCAAUCAAACACUCAAGUGCAUUUUCUGGAAAGUACUUCUCUAAAAACUUGAGACAAAAACUGCUUCUACAAAGAUUACAGCUUUGGGCUCUAUAUAUUAACAAGCGGGGAUCGUCGAGGGAUUGGUGCAAAUAGGUAUGAUCCGUGUAAUCGUAGAAAUUAUCAAAAUGAACGAAUUCUCACGAAUAACAAUAAGUAUACGAAAGAACCGUUGUUUUGUAAUUCCUAUAAUGCAAUUGGAGCUUAUAGGCAGAAAAGAAAUUCAUGAGAUGAAUUCCAUCUCGAUGAUAUCGAAUCAGAUCAAUAUCAUGAAUAACAAUAUCUGACCUAU